CAGAGUGUUGCUGCGGAUAUUUCCUCUUUUCAAGCCCUUCACAAGGUGAGCAAGAAGGCAGACGAGGGGCGAGGAUCUAAAUGCAGCGAGACUUUAUUAAAAUAAAAGGGCAACACAAAAAAACACGAACAAAGGAAACAUCCACAAUGGGAGAAAGUAAAACAAAAAACACUGAAGGCAUACAAAGGGAAAGAGCACGGAUAACAGGCGUCCACAUACAUCAAAGACCGACAGGGGAAUGGAGAAACAAACAGGGUUAAAUACACAAGGACACAAUGAAGACUAAACGAGACACAGGAAAAACACAUCACAUCUUCAUCUAGUAUCAUUACUUUGGUGUUGAGAGUAUAACUGAUUGUGACGCUUGCUCUGAAGUGUAAAGAUGUCUACAUCAGAAGAUGACUCUGUUAUAACUCAGGAGGAGCUGGAAGAACUUAAAGAAUUGAUAUCUACUCAGGAUCUGUCAUCAGCUGUUGACACCAUCAAACAUUUCCUUGACCAGCAAGAUCGUGUAGAACUUAAUAUUGCUGUGACGGGGGAAUCUGGUUCUGGAAAGUCCACAUUUAUCAAUGCUUUUAGGGGUUUGGGAGAUGACGAUGAGGAUGCAGCUGAAACUGGUGAAGUGGAGACCACUAAAGAACCCAAAGCUUACAAACACCCAAAAUAUAAAAAUUUGAAACUCUGGGAUCUUCCUGGAAUUGGAACACAAAACUUCAAACCUCACGAGUAUCUUAAACGUGUUCAGUUUGAGCGCUAUGAUUUUUUCAUCAUAAUCGCUUCAGGUCGUUUCAGAGAAUGUCACACUGACCUGGUCAAAGAGAUCAAGAGAAUGAAGAAGAAUUUCUAUUUUAUUCGUUCCAAGAUUGACUCCAGUAUUGAUGCUGCAAAGCGAAAAAAAAACUUUGAUGAGAAAAAGAUGCUGGACAACAUACGAGAGGACUGUGUUAACGGUCUGAGAGAGAUCGGUGUAGAGGAUCCUGUUGUGUUCUUGAUUUCUAGUUGGGAUCUCAACAACUAUGAUUUUAAUUCACUGCAUGAGAGGAUAAAGUCUGAUCUCCCACAACACAAGAGACAUGUGCUGAUGUUGACUUUACCAAAUAUCACAACAGAGAUUAUUGAGAGAAAGAAGAAAGAUCUAGAGAAAAACAUUUCAAGAGUAGCUUUAUUAUCUGCUGGCGCAGCUGCACUUCCUGUUCCUGGUCUUUCAGUUGCUGUAGAUAUAGGUCUCUUAGUAAAUGAGAUACAAACAUACAAGACUGCAUUUGGUCUGGAUAAAGAAUCUCUGAAGAGGAUCAGUGAAAGAUCUGGGAAGAGCAUUGAGUUUCUUACAAGUGUGAUGAAAUCAAUUGUGUGUGAAGGAAUAACCGCUAAUUCAAUUAUUCUUCUGCUGAAACAAAGCUCUCUUUAUGCAGCAGAAGAAGCUGUUGAGAGUGUUCUUAGUUUUAUACCCAUUAUAGGAUCUGUUUUGGCUGCAGGAUUGUCUUUUGUGGCAGUUUCAUACAUGCUGAAGAAAAUCCUGAAUGAAAUAGCUGAAGAUGCCAUGAAUGUGCUGCUGACAUCGAUGAAUAAUCCAGAGUAAUUAAAUCAGACAGAUUUUAGGCUCCAGUAGCUUCAUUUCUACCAGCGUUCAUCACUGUUCUAUUGUUCUGCACUAUUUGGGGGUACUUACAUUGUUUUUAUAACUUUUAAUAUAUUAUAAUUGUAAUAAAUUUAAAAUAAUUUAAAAUAAUCUCACAAUAAUAAAAUGGAGUGGUGGUGGUGUAGUGGGCUAAAGCACAUAACUGGUAAUCAGAAGGUUGCUGGUUUGAUCCCCACAGUCACCACCAUUGUGUCCUUGAGUAAGACACUUAACUCCAGGUUGCUCCGGGGGGAUCGUCCCUGUAAUAAGUGCACUGUAAGUCACUUUGGUUAAGAGCAUCUGCCACAUGCAUAAAUGUAAAUAAAAUUAGAGUAUAACUUGAAUAAGCACAAAUGUGAGGAAUUCUGACAUUUUUAAUUGUUAUUUUUAAACUUGUUAAACAGUUAUUGUGUAACUGCUUUUAUUUACAGAACUGUGUUGAUUUAUGUCUACAUGAUCAUAUACUCCAAUAAUUAUAGAGGAAUAAUUCAAGUUAUCCAGUGAAACUAGUUUAUAAAUGGGAUAGUUAUCUGUUCAUAUAAAUGUUGGGCUUGAUUAUCACGUUUCUUUAUUUGUCUUUCUAUUGUGUAUUUUAUUA